CGAUUUACCCUAGAGAUUAACGAACCUCUCUCAUCUUCUCCGCCGAAAGCUUGAAGCUCCUCCAAUGGCGAUUUUGGCCUGAAGAAUUGGAGAUUUGUUCUUACUCUACGACAUCGUCGGACGCUCUUCUUCUUCUUCCACCAUCAAUUUCAUCAACAUCUCACGUUUCUAAGAAGGUAUGUCUGAGGAGUUACCAAAGCGGUUGUUUAAGCCGGGUGAAGAGACCGAAGUGCAUCAGAUCAAUAACAACUGCAAGAUGGUACGCUAUUUCAAAAGAUUGAUGGAGUGGUUGCCAAAGGAGUUGGAGACAGUGAAGAAAGAUCCUGUUUUUGCUCAGAUUUUUAAGCUGUUCGAUAAUGGUUUGGGAUUCUCGGCGAGAGUGAUACACGGCUUCUUGUGUAGGGAGCUGUUGACUUACAAAGAUCAUGAGCUCUGGUUUGUCUUUGCGAGAAGACCUCUCCGAUUUUCAUUGCUUGAGUUCCACGCAGUUACCGGGCUUCAGUGCGAUACUAGUCUCUCACUUAAGGAGUUGGUUGACUGGGAUGAUGAUGGUGGUUUCUGGAGCUUAGUGAUCAGGACAAAUAAGGGGAUUUCUAUUUUCGAGCUGUGGGAACAUCACAGGGCAGCUGUUAAGAAGUGGAGUAAUGCUGAUCGAAUCAGGCUGGUGUAUCUUUGCAUCAUUGUUUGUAUGGUUUGCGGGAGAGAUGAGAAGGCACCUAUCCCCAUCAAGUACGUGAAGUUGGUGAUGGAUCUUGAGCAGGUUCGAAACUACCCUUGGGGAGUUGCUUCUUUUGACCUUCUAUGCGAGUCAAUAGCUGAAAAACGAGAUAAACUGAAGGAGAAUCCAAAGAGUUACGUGUUAGAUGGCUUCACCUACGGUCUUCAGAUAUGGGCUAUGGAAGCAAUACCAAAGCUUGGAAAGCUCUGUGGAAGAAAACUGAACAAAAGUUUUAAGAACGGUCCUAGAUGUGUAAACUGGAUGGGAGCUGCAAAGAUUUCGUACGAGGAGCUCAACAAGUUGGAGAACAUCUUAACACCCAAGGAUGACAUAUAUCCAUACAUCUCGUGGACNGGGAAUUAUACAGUGUGUGAAAGUCUUCAAUUUAGCAGACGAGAUGAGGUGGAGGAUGAUAGAGUCAAGCUUCUCAUGCAGAUGAUAAUGAAGCAGUUUGACUUCAGUGGUCAUAAUUGGGAGUACGAAGAGACACCGGUCUUUUCUUUUGGGGUUGAUAACAAAGAAGGUGAGAAGGAGAAAGUAGCUACGCAUGAGGGAGAAGGUGGGAGUGAUGAAGAGCCUAACGACAAGGAUGGUGAAGGUGGGAGCGAUGAAGCAAGUGGGAGCGAUGAGGAGUUUCAAACUCCAAAAGGAUCAGCAACCAUAAGGGCGAGAGAUACAAAGGGAAAGAAGAGGCUCCCUGAUCGUGGAAUGGAAAAAAGGAAGCAUAAGGUCCUACAUACUAGACCACAACAGGCGCCCUUUGAUGAAGAUAUGAAGACUUUUGUGACGCAGUUGUUUCAGCAAGGUUUUGCUGCGAUGGAAGAGAGGCUAGAGAAAAAGAUGGAUGAAAAAUUUGAGGGAGUGCAGUCUGAGCUUAAAAAUUCCCGUGGGGAUUCAACCGUCCAAGCUGAGCAUGGAGAUCCAUCUGCGAGCAAGACAGCGCCUAGCCACCCAUCGCCUAGCAAGCUAGCGCCUAGCAAGCCAGCGCAUAGCAACCCAUCGCCUAGGAAGCCAUCUCCUACGAAGCCAUCGCCUAGCAAGCCAUCUCCGAGGAGGUCCAAACGCUUGGUAAACAACCACUAGUCUUCAUAACUCUCUGCAAUGUGUCUUAACUUCUUUUAGUGUUAGUUUCAUGUGUUUAUCGGUCUUGUGAUGUGUUUUGCAUUGUCUCGUUUUGGAAGUGUGUUUGGUUUGUAAUUGUUGUUCAAAAUCAGGCUUAAUUAUGUAUCUGCAUUAUGAUGUGUGUUUUGUUAU